AUGCUCAUUCAUUCUCCUCAUUGAGAUUUUCACAUGCAAUAUAUAUAAAAACUAGAGAAAGAGAGCCAGAAGACAAAGUAUUGUUUUGUGGUGUGUGGGAACCCCAAAAACAUCUCUUCUUGGAGCUGCAGAAUUCUCCUUUGUUAGUCCUUCAAAGGUGGGGGCUAGUUGGGUUAACUGUUUUUCUUGAAGGGGCCCUUGAUAUUUCAUCGUUUUUGUUCCUCUUGGCUUUUGCAGAAGAUAUUGUCUGCUUAACUGUGUGAAAUCCACAAACAAAACUUUAUCUUACUCCUCUUAUCCUCAUGGUUAAAGAAAAUAAUGUGGGGUUCUGUGUAUCUCUCUUUUCUCUUUAAAUCACCUCCUUCAUUCUCGUGUCAUUCAUAAAACUCUCUGAAACUAGAAAAGAUAAAGAACUCUUAAAGGGAAAGCCUGUUGAGUAUUUAUUGCAUCGAGCAAAUUGCCCACCAAAGCAACAGUAGUCUAUAGCUGAAAUGGGAUGUUGAAACCACUGAGGGGGUAGUGCAAGCUGCAAAGUCUUGAAUUUUUCUUGUUUGUGAGUUAAAAUGUCUGCAAAGCUUCUUCAUUCAAUAUCAGAUGAAAAUCCAGAUCUGCAGAAACAGAUUGGAUGCAUGAAUGGCAUCUUUCAGCUCUUUCACCACCGCCAUUUCCUGAGCAGCCGGCGCAUUCACCAGAACCAGAAAAGGCUUCCACCAGGUCAAAAAGAUAACAAUGGAGCAAAGUCUAAAACUGUACCACAGCCAACAACAGACAAACAUGUCAAGAGGGACAUGAAAGAGAAACAAAGAAUCUCGACUGAAUCGUCCAGAACGUCAUUUUCAUCUUCCUCUUGUUCAUCCAGUUUCUCAUCUGUAGACUGCAAUAAACAAUCUCAGACAGAACCAUCUUCACAUGGCCAAUCAAAUCUAGCAGCAACUCCUGUUCGGGACUCACCCAUAUACCAACCAAAGGAUCCUUUGUGGUUAAGCCAGCAACCUAUUGAUAUCCGAAAUAUUGUGAAAGAUUCUAUGUACAGAGAAGCUCGCGGGAUAUCAAUUAGAACUCCGACCAAAGAGAAUGCUGGGGGACAAAUCUUGAAAUACAUGGAUUCUCCAAGGCCUUUGCAGCAGCCAAAACCUGCCAAGUCCAGAUUUUUGGGUGUUAAUGAAGAAUUUCGGGUCCCUGACAAGCUGAAAGAAGCACCUAGGAAGUCUAAUGAACAGAAGGAUGGUUUUGCAGUAAAGGAUGCUCAUCGGUUCUCUUAUGACAGUCGGGAAUCACGUGAGGCAUUUAAAUCGACCAUAAAGCUGAAAGAGCUCCCAAGACUGUCACUGGACAGUAGAGAGCGCUCCAUGAGGGGUUCCGCUGCUGAAAUGAAAUCAAAUUAUCUCCUAGGUGACCUGCAGAGGGGUCAUGGGAACUCUCACAAUAUUUUGAACCAACAGCAAGAACUUGGAUGUUACAAUCGACCAUCAAGUGUUGUAGCAAAGUUGAUGGGAUUGGAAGCUUGUUCAGAUCCAGUGUCUACUGAUGGGAAUCAGCCAGGUCAUAGGAAAACAGCCUCAUAUGGUGAAUGUGAUUCCUUCUCAAGAAUAUCAAGAACUGCUGAUAGCAACAAGCAAAAUCGAAUAGGUGGAUCCCCACGGAAUUCUAUGAAGGAACCUGUAUCACCGAAGAUGAAAAAUGCUGACUCAGUCAAGAAGUCCAUAGCAAGCUGCAAGGUUCCUAUAGAGCCUGCUCCAUGGAGACAAUUUGAUGGGAGCAAAGGUCAUGCACCAGCUUUAAAGACUCAAGAAACUCAGACUAAUGCCCUAAACUCAUCUUUUUCAGUUUAUGGGGACAUUGAGAAAAGGUUGGCACAACUUGAGUUCAAGUCUGGAAAGGACCUCAGAGCUCUUAAACAAAUACUUGAAGCGAUGCAGAAGACAAAAGAGGCAUUAGAAAGCAGAAAAGAAGAUCAAACUCCAACAUUCAUGCCACGAAGAGGCAAUAAUUAUAGUAUUGAUCAGAGCUCAAGAUUGGCAAAUUCAAAAAACCAAGAAGCUAUUAACCCAACAUCUGCCAGAAUCAAAGGGACAGGUUCUCCGCGAAGUCCUAAAUCCCCAAUUGUGAUUAUGAAAGCAGCUAAAUGCACUGAAAAGAACAGUAAUUCUGCUUCCUCAGCAAUUCUACCUGAGGAUUUAUUAGGUUUCCAAAGAUUCCGCCCUGGUAAAUCUUCAGAGAGCAGAACAGAAUCCGUUGACAAGCAAUCAGCUAAAGAUCUAACUCCAAGAACCACUCACCAGAGAGACCCUAGGGGCCAACAACUUCAUCUCAUAAAUAAGAAUUCCAGUGCCAAAACUUUGAGAUCAGCCCAAACUUCAAAGAAUUCUCUACUUACGGCUGGAAAAGGCAAGUCAAGAGUGAGCUCUGAGUUCAUGAACACAAGACUGCCAGAAAAGAAACUUGGGUUGGAGAGGCAAUCUCGUUCCACAAUUUCAUCUGAUUUCAGCAAGACUAGGAGGCAACCAAAAGAAUCAGGUUCUCCACAUAGGAGAUCUAGAUUGCAAUCUUCAUAUGUGCUGCAAAGUGAUGACCAAAUGAGCGACAUCAGUAGUGAUGCAAGAGAUUUAAGCCACCAAGGUGAUGCUAGUUCUCUCCAAUCUGAAAGCAAUAUUAGCACAGCCUCACAUGUUGACAUUGAAGUCACAAGCAUUGAUAGAACUGAUAAGAUUCAUGAUGGCUUCUUCGAGCAACAAGGCCAUAAAGAUCCAGCACCAAGGUACAUCGAAGACAAGUCAAUGCCAGAACCUGCAAAAACUGGGCUAGAACAACCAAGUCCUGUCUCUGUUCUUGAUGCAACAUUCUACAGAGAUGAGCCACCUUCUCCAGUGAAAAAGAUAUCACAUUCCUUUAGAGACAUUGAGGCGGUGAAUUCUGAUGAAGCAGAGUGGAAUCGACCAAACCUAAAUUAUUUAUCUCACUGCAGAAAACCCAGUUUCAGCUCCGAGGAUUAUAGAGAAGUAAAAAACACCAAGCACUUAGUUCCAAAUCUUAUGCAUAUAAUCCCCACUCAUGAGAAAUCUAUCAUGGAUGAAAUUGCACCCAUCCAUGACAGCACAAAUCCAGAUCAUAGAUACAUUUCAGAGAUAUUGUUAGUAUCAGGUCUCCUCAGAGAUUUUGAAGCUAGUCUCAUGACUAUUCAGCUUCAUCCAUCAGGCCACUUGAUCAAUCCUAAUUUAUUCCAUGUUCUGGAACAAGCUGAAGGUAGCACCAGGUUUUUAGAUGAUGAAUACAAAGGUAUGAAGGUUGUCCAUUCAGAAUUCACUCCUGAGAAAUCUCGAAGGAAACUAGUAUUUGAUGCUGUUAAUGAAAUUUUAGUCCAAAAGUUGGUGUUGGUGCAUUCUUCCAAGCAAUGGUUCUCAGCAAGUAAGGCUACGAAAGUGUCACAAAGGCUGCAGCUUCUAAGAGAUUUGUGUUCAGAGGUAGAUUGUCUACAAAUUAAACAAUCAAACUACAGCUUAGAUGAUGAGUAUGACAGUUUAAGGCAAGAUCUUAUGCAUGGAUCAAUGAACCGGGCAGGUUACCAGAGUGAAAUUUCUUGGAUAGUGUUGGAUGUUGAGCGGCUGAUCUUCAAAGACUUGAUAAGUGAGAUUGUGCAGCAUGAGAAAACUGGUCCGCAAGGUCAGCCUGGUAGGCAUUGCAGGCAGCUGUUCUCCAAGUAGUGCUCCUGAUGAAAUAGGUUUUAGUUUCCUCUCUCAUUAUCAUCUCUCUUAGAGGAAAAGGGUUUUACAGCAGGGUUUGUUUUGAUUUAUAUGUCUAACUUCUUCAGGAUUAAAUCAGAGUAAUCCUAGGCUGCAAAUUGUGCCUUAUUAACCAUAUAAUUUCCACUAGGAGCUUUUAACAUACAUGUAAACUAGAUGUACACCUAAAAAUAAACUUACUUUCUCUGUCAUUCAUCCAUGCUCUUGAAUAAAUAAUAUGCAACAUGGCUGCCGCCGAUUCUGUUGGUA